UUAGGCAACUGUGAGGUGUUUAAUCAACUUCCAAAAUGGAUUUCACCAUUUUGUCGUUUGUCUUGCUGUUCUGUGGUCUGAGUACGGCCCAGGACGAUAGUAAAAAUACUGAAACAGAAAAAACAGGAUCAUGUCAUCCUGACAUGUGUGAUGUCCUGAGAGAGUUUGGAGUUAUGACAGAAAAACUCAGAGCUAUGGAGAGCAGGAUGAAGGACAGUGAAACCAGGCUGCAGAACAGCGAAACCAUGCUGAAGGAUUGCCAAACCAGGCUGAUGGACAGUGAAAUCAGGCUGAGGGACAACGAAAACCAGAUUCUGGAACUUAGAGACAAAGAAAGAACCAAGGUGAUAUUCAGUGCCGCAACAGGAGGAGGAGAUAGAAUAAUUGGACCCUUCAACACAAACAUUACUCUUAUCUACAGAACUGUGAUAACAAACAUCGGUAAUGCCUACAGUCCAUACACAGGCAUCUUCACUGCACCUGUUGCAGGUGUUUAUUACUUUACCAUCUUCUAUCAUGCUAAUGGACAUCAACCAGGAAUGCUGUUUCUAUUCAAGAACAAUCACCCGAUGGUCAUGACAGAUGAUCACCGCUGUGAUUAUGACACAGCUGAUAACGGAGGAAACGCAGCGUUCCUGCAGCUGCAGCCAGGAGACCAGGUGUAUGUGCUCAUGCGCGCACAUACACAUGUUUAUGGGUCCGACUACCACACGACUUUCAGUGGUUCUUUAGUCACUCAAAUGUGAGAAUGGGUGUAAAUCUCUACAUGUCUUUUCAUUCCUGCUUAUGGAUAAAAGAACAAAUAAAUAAAUCUAAUAAAUCACAACAUGAUGAACAAAUAAAUCUUUUAUAUUUCACAUCUAAUGAAACAGAAGGCUGUUGCUCAUGAAUUAAAAAGUGUUAAAGUUAAAUUAGUCUUCAUUAAUCUCUGUUGCAUUUAGUUCUUUUUGCUUCAAAAUUGUAAGUUUGUUCAGAAAAUAAACAAAAAGAAGAUACUGCAGCCCCUGACACAUUGUUUGGUUGUAGGAUUUUACACAUUGCUAGUUUUUACUUCACUUAUGUCUCUGUUUGGGUGGACUAUGUCAAUAUGCUUUAAGUUUUAAUGUUACAAUUGAU